AUGCCCCUAAACGAGGAAGAACAGCAACAGAGAUUACUUGCUGAACGAUCGGUUGAUUUGUACGAGGAAGAUGAAGAAGAGAGGGCCUAUGAUUGCACAGAGAAAGUACACAUAAUUGGACUCGAUGAAGAAAACGAAGCCGACGAGUAUUCCACUAAAGCUCCGCCGUUUUCGUGGCGGAAGCUUUGGCUGUUCACCGGGCCGGGGUUCUUGAUGAGUAUAGCCUUCCUGGAUCCGGGCAACCUGGAGGGGGACCUCCAGUCGGGCGCUAUUGCGGGUGACUCUUUACUUUGGCUGCUACUGUGGGCCACAGUCAUAGGCCUCUUGGUCCAGUUGCUGUCGGCCCGGCUUGGCGUAGCUACUGGACGGCACCUUGCCGAGUUGUGCAGGGAGGAGUAUCCUAAUUGGGCCAGGCUACUGCUUUGGGUCAUGGCGGAGUUGGCCCUGAUUGGGGCUGACAUUCAGGAGGUGAUUGGUAGUGCUAUUGCUAUCAAGAUUUUGAGCCAUGGUGUCUUGCCUCUUUGGGCUGGCGUCAUCAUCACUGCUCUGGACUGCUUCAUCUUUCUGUUUCUGGAGAACUAUGGAGUGCGGAAAUUAGAAGCCCUUUUUGCUGUCCUUAUAGCAAUUAUGGCCCUCUCAUUUGCGUGGUUGUUUGGUGAAACUAAACCCAGUGGUGUCGAACUUUUAAUUGGCGUCGUGGUUCCAAAACUCAGCUCCAAGACAAUAAAGCAAGCAGUUGGAGUUGUGGGAUGCAUUAUAAUGCCUCACAACGUAUUUCUGCACUCUGCUCUUGUACAAUCUCGUGAAGUUGACAACCGCAAGAUAGGCAGAGUUCGGGAAGCUCUAAAAUAUUACUCGAUAGAGUCUGGCGCUGCCCUCGCUAUCUCUUUCAUUAUAAAUCUGUUUGUGACAACAGUAUUUGCAAAGGCGUUUUAUGGUACGGAACAAGCCAAUAACAUUGGCCUUGGAAAUGCAGGGCAGUAUCUUCAAGAAAAGUAUGGUGGAGGAUUGUUCCCAAUCUUAUACAUUUGGGCUAUUGGAUUACUGGCUGCCGGACAGAGUAGCACUAUAACUGGCACCUAUGCGGGGCAAUUUAUAAUGGGGGGAUUUCUAAACUUGCGGUUGAAAAAGUGGAUGAGAGCACUGAUAACAAGAAGCUGUGCUAUCAUCCCGACUCUAAUAGUUGCCCUUGUUUUUGAUACAUCUGAGGACUCGUUGGAUGUUUUAAAUGAAUGGCUUAAUGUGCUUCAGUCAAUUCAGAUCCCAUUUGCUCUUAUUCCGCUUCUUUGCCUGGUGGCAAAGGAGGAAGUCAUGGGCAUUUUCAAAAUUGGCACUGUUCUCCAGAUUAUAUCAUGGCUUGUGGCUGCUUUGGUGAUAGUGAUCAACGGGUACCUUCUGGUGGAUUUUUUCUCUUCUGAAGGGAGUGGAGUUAUAUUUACAUCUGUGGUAUUCGUCUUUACAGCUGCAUACGUCUGUUUCAUUGUAUACCUCAUAGCACGGGGCAUUACCUUUUCCAAAUGGCUUGGAAAAACCAAUAGGUUGACAACUACGGGAAACUGA